AAACCUUGGAGUGGCGCUACUUGUGUAUCGUCGGACGGAAAUGACGUAACUACAAUACUUUCGAAAACACAGGCGGGGAAGCGGUGGCCAGCUAAACUAAGGAUGUAAAUUGCAUUUGCGAUGCAAAUAUGCCGACGGAUCAGGUGUGUUUGGGUCGGAAGCGCCCGGUACCUUCAUGCCCGAACCCUCUAUUCUUGCAGUGGUUAACAGAGUUGCGUGACAGCGCCAAAGAGAAAGGCCUGAAGACGCAGUACGUGUACCAGAAGGCCAUAAACUCUUUGAAAAAAUAUCCUCUGCCGCUGAAAAACGGGAAAGAGGCGAAGAUCCUGCAGAAUUUCGGUGACGGGAUCUGCAAGAUUUUGGAAGAGCGACUGCAGAAGCAUUAUAGGGAAAACGGCGAGGGACCUCAGUUUAGUGCAGACGGUUCUGAUGCUCCAAUCCACUUGGCUACUUCUUGCCAUAGGAGUAACAUGGCUUCCUCCAAACAGAUGGAAGAACCCCAAAAGGAACCUUGGGGAAACUUGAGUGAACAUAUGAAGCAAACACAAAAAGAAGUACGAAAGGAGAAGGGAUCUAAGAAAAAGAGAGAGUAUGUGCCGCAGAAGAGGUCUGGAGGUUACGCUGUACUGCUCACUUUGUAUAGACACACACAGAUGCCUGGCAGUAAAGGCUUCAUGUUUAGGAAUGAACUACAAACUGAGGCACAACCCUUGUGUGAGAAGUCCUUCACAGUGCCUGAUCUUGGUAGCAAGUACACUGCAUGGUCCUCGGUGAGCACACUCAUUCAGAAAGACCUUCUGGUGAAGACACACAAUCCUGCCAGGUACUCAUUGACCGAUCAGGGUCUGGCUCUAGCCGAGAAGCUGGAUUCAGAAGAGUCGGGGAUGGCUAAAGAACAUGUGGAGCAAAUGAGUGAAGAGGAGGACUCUCAGGAUGGACCAGACGUUGUAGACCUGACUUUAGAGGAGGAGGAUGAGGAGGAGCAGGAAGAUAAAGAGAGUUGUAGGCCCAGCAAGUCUUCAGAAAGGCUUGCAACAGCUCUAUCUGUAAACCAGGCCAGAGCUCACAUCUCUGAAUCAGACGCCACAGGAAAAUCUCAGACCUUAGAAUCGGGGAGAACAGCAAUGAGUUGGCAUCUUCCACCUGGCUCUUAUGACAUUGUGUUGUGUGUCGACGUCAUCGAAACAACAGGGGGAAGCAGUGGUCGCAAACAAGAAUUGGUUAAGGAAUUGCAAAGGAAUUGUGUGACCUUUGACAUCAGGAAACUGAAUGUGGGCGAUUUCCUUUGGGUGGCGCGUGAGAAAGUGACACCUGUUCCUGGACAGCUGCGUCCACCUGUGGGGAAAGAGCUGGUGCUUGAUUACAUAAUUGAGAGGAAGAGGAUGGAUGAUCUGUGUGGAAGCAUUAUAGAUGGACGCUUCAGAGAGCAAAAGUUUCGACUGAAGAGGUGUGGUCUGCAUAAGCCCAUUUAUCUAGUGGAGGAGUGCGGAUCAGCGGCAGCUCAUCUCAGUUUACCUGAGAGUACAUUACAACAAGCAAUAGUCAAUACACAGGUGGUUGACGGCUUCUUUGUGAAGCGUGUACAGGAUGUGAAAGAGUCUGCUGCUUACCUCACCAUCAUGACCAGAUACCUCCAGAAACUCUACCAUAAUUGCACGUUAUUCUGUCGCUCCAGAGAACUGGAGGGCGAUGGAGGAGAUGAGAGUGAGCAAACGGCAAACCUCUCUUGUUCUCUCAUGGCCUUCACAGAAUUUAACUAUGGGGCUAUUAAGAACAAGUGCCAGACAGUGCGGGAAGUAUUUGCACGACAGCUUAUGCAGAUCAGUGGAGUCUCUGGUGAUAAAGCAGCCGCUGUUCUUGAACACUACAGCACAGUCAGCAGUUUAUUGCAAGCAUAUGAUCAGUGCUCCAGUGAAUCAGAAAAAGAGAAGCUGCUUUCAUCUAUCAAAUAUGGAAAACUCAAAAGGAAUCUUGGACCAGCCUUGAGCCGCACUAUAUAUCAGCUUUACUGUACGUGUGGACCUCUGUCAUAGGCUUUCACCUUAUUACAAAUACAAAUGUGUGCAACACUUCAGUUUAAUCAUUGUAUUUUCAUUCUGUACAUUUGUUGACUCAAAUAAUGUCCAAAGUAAUAAAGAU